AUGGAAUCGCCCGCCGACAAGACAGAUGGCACGUCCAUCAAACCGGUUUCGUCUCUACUCGCGCGCUUCGAGAGUAUGAAUAAUGGUCAACCGCAGUCCAGCUCGGCCGUUCCACGACCAUCUGCCCCAAAGCCUGAGCGCCUGCGAGCUGUUAGAACGACGAGCGAAGCACCAGCUCCGCCAGUGACACCGACAAAACCCCCCGUUUUAAAAGAAAAGCCUCCCGUCAAACCGAAGCAUCUACAUAGUACAAGUCUGCUCCCGCAGAAUGUCAACCCAGCCCACGACGAGUCUGUUGUCAUACCUCCUCCCGUCACCGUCCAACCACCUCAGUCGCCACCCCAGGAAACCCGACGCCAGCCUGUGCGAGGCGACCAAUCGCCAUUCCUAGAUCCGUCGACUGCCGUAUCGCAUCCCUUCAUCUCUUCGAAACCCGCCAGCGCUUCAUCGAGUCGACCACUUACACCCACACAUGGCCUUCCCCCUCCGAGAUCGCCUCGCCUGGCGGGAUCCAAGCCGCCCUCGCCGCCUCCUCCUAGACGCUCCGUGGAUACUCGCCGCGACAAGGAACCUCGUGCUUUGACGCCCGCGACUACUGGCCGCUCAGAAAAGAGAGUGAGCGCAAAUCUCUCUCUAACGGCGUUCCCACAACGGCAAUCGUCUUUACCGAGAAGUAACCCGACCAAGGACCCGUCGCCAUUUACGAGUCCUCCGUCGUCUAGCUCCGAGUCUGAGGACGAAUCUCCUCCUCAACUGCCUACACGGCCCCGCCCUGCUACCAACGAUGCGGGAGCUAUGCAAAAUCAAAUUGUUACCACCUUUCAGCCCCCACCUGUGCAUCAUAGGGUGGCCGACAGAAGACGAGAUCAGAAGAAUGGCCUAGGAAUUUCUCAAGACAUACACAGUACCCCAAAUGAUCACGAACCCGCGCCCCCAUUGCCUGUGCGCCGCCCUAUCCAGGUAACUCCGACAAAGACGGUUACCACCACUCGCGAUAUGGCCCCGCCUCCUCGUCCGGUACGAGCACCAGCGCAGCAAUCGCCGCCAAAACUAGACCCUAUGCCAUCUCUCCAUUCGCAGUCCUUGUCCACGCAGCAAUUUCUUCCACCGCCCACUCGAAAUAGGUCCAAGACGAUGGAGAGUACCAGUUCAGACAGGGCUGAUUAUCCCGUGUCAACGGCCCCAGAAUCCAAAGGACCCGCCGAAGAAUCCAGUUUACCAAAUAUCGCUUGCAUUAAUCGCAGAGCACCCUACGUGAAGAAGGGCUGCAGUGAAAUCCAGACACGAUAUGAGCCAAAGCGAUUUGAUGUAUGCGGUGAUGUUGUCUGCACCAGUGGCAGCUUUACCCGUGGCUGGAACAUCUUGGACGGCGAGCAAUUGCUUAGCCUUGCGCAUACAGAGGGCGUCAAGGCGACAGCCAUCAUCUUCAAGCCUGGCGCCGACCCUGACACUGAAGCUACUCGAAUUUGGAUCGGCAUGAAUUCUGGGGACAUGAUGGAAGUUGACAUCGCCACCAGUCGCAUUGUCUGUAACAAGCCGGGUGCUCAUGGGCGAUACGAAAUCCUCAAAGCAUACCGUUAUCUCAACGAAAUCUGGUCAUUGGAUGAGUCUGGCUGCUUACACAUCUGGGGCCCAGACAAUGACGGAAUUCCGAAUCUAAGCAAGAACCCGACUCAAAGCUAUAAAGUACCCAAAGGUCAUACGUUCUCGUUAGUGGCGGAUGGUCAAUUGUGGCAUGCCGUUAGCAAAGUCAUCCGAGUAUUUGAACCGUCACUGGAUGGGUCAACCACAUUCCAAGUUUUGAUGAAGCCUCUCGUUACAGAGGGUACAGCCGAUAUUACGUCCGGAACGACAAUGGAAGCCCAUCCUGGGCAAGUUUUCUUUGGACAUGUUGACGGAAAGGUCAGCAUAUACUCCACAAGCGACUACUCGUGCCAAAAGGUUAUCCACAUUAGUGGUUGGAAAAUCAAUACAAUGGCAGCAGUGGGCGCAAAUCUGUGGGUUGGUUAUUCGACCGGCAAGGUCAGCGUUUACGACACCAAGAAGAACCCGUGGAUGACGAAGAAGGAAUGGCAAGCACACGAUUCUGGCAUCUAUCAGCUCAAGACGGAUGUCACCGCGCCAUAUCGCAUAGAGCGGGCACAGGUCGUGUCCGUCGGAAACGACGGCAAGGUAAAGCUCUGGGAUGGCUUGUUGCAGGACGACAGGCUUGAAGCAAGUCUCAAAUCGAAAGAGACUCAGUACUGCCAGUUUAACGAGUUGUCCCUUGUGGUCAUGACUUGGAACGCCGGGGCCGCAACUCCCCAUAACCUGCGAUACUCGGAUGGCGACUCGUCCUUCUUUCAGGAGUUUGUGCAGACUAGCGGUUCUCCAGACAUUCUGGUAUUCGGCUUCCAAGAGCUGGUAGAUCUUGAAGACAAGACGGCUACCGCCAAGCGUUUCCUCAAGUCGAAAAAGAAGGACAGCUCGGACAAUGAGAACAUGAGCCACCGAUACCGUGAUUGGCGUGACUUUUUGCUCAAGACUUUAGACGACUAUGCGCCACAAGGCCACCUGUACCAGCUCUUGUACAAUGCUCCUCUCGUCGGUCUUUUCACAUGUAUCUUUGUCAAGUCUUCGUUGCAGGGUCGCAUCCGCAACUUGCAAGGCGCCGAAGUCAAACGUGGCAUGGGCGGUCUGCACGGAAACAAAGGCGCCAUCGCUGUCCGAUUCCAGAUAGACGAUAGCUCGCUCUGCUUUGUCAACUGUCACUUGGCCGCCGGCCAGACGCAGACGAGCUCUCGCCACAACGAUGUUGCUGCCAUCUUGGAAGCCAGCCUGUUUUCCACUGAGCGCGACGCAUCAGCCCGACUAGACUACUACCGUGGCGGAGGCGACGGCGCCAUGAUUGUAGACCACGAGAUCUGUGUCAUCAACGGCGACUUAAACUACAGAAUCGACACCAUGUCUCGCGAUACCGUCGUCAAGGCAGUGCAACAGAAUAAUCUGUCCAAGCUGCGAGACCGCGACCAGUUGCUGGUUUCACGGCGCAAAAAUCCUGCGUUCCGCCUCCGCGCCUUUGAGGAGCUGCCGCUCAACUUUGCGCCCACGUACAAGUACGACGUCGGAACGGACCGCUACGAUACCAGUGAGAAGCGACGCAGUCCUGCAUGGUGCGACCGCUUGCUGUACAGGGCCACCGGCAAAGUCGAACAGCUUGACUAUGGAAGACACGAGAUUAAAGUGAGCGACCAUCGGCCGGUAAGCGGGUCUUUUAGGCUGCAUGUGAAGAAUGUGGAUGAGCGCAAGCGAGCGCAGGUUGUCAUGGAGGCGCACAAUGCAUUUGAAGAUGUGCGCCAAAAACGCCUCGCCGAAGCAAAAAUCAACUACUUGGUGGUUACUUGCGGAUUUGACGAGCCCACGAGUAAGCUGUACAUACAGAAUAGAGCGGCUAGAAACAGAAGAUAG